UUGUUUUUCCACUUAUCUCCAUUGUUUAUUCUAAUCAAGAGCUACUGUGUUAGAAUUGGCUGCGAUGGCUGAUCCAGUUCUACAGAAGCAAGCCAGUGUUCUGAGUAGCCGCUCAAAGGCUCCGACUGAGUCCCUAACAUGGAACAAAGUCAAAGAGUCUGUUAAACUUGGUAUGCUACGUGUGGUAGGACUGGAGCCAACUGCUGAGGAGAAGAGACACUGGGAGGCCCUACAAGGAAUGGUCGCCACGACUAACAUCUCUCCCCAAGACAUGCCUGACAUGGCCAUUAGGAGCUCCUUAACUCCCAAAGAUGCAGCUGCUAUUCGCCGCAUCACUGGACACAGCAUCCAUCGUGUAACACCAGGAGAAGCCAGUCCUAUAGUGACCACACCCACUGGAGUGCGUGGGGCAGUCUAUAACAAGGGCACUGGGCGAAACUUAGCCAUCAAGACACAACUAAAACCAGACCUCUGGAAGGUGGCCUAUCAGAGCAUACGCCAGCUCAGUCAAUCUCAUGGCGCCCCCCCUCAAGCUGCUGGUGGUCCCCCUCCACCACAGAGCUUCUUCCCUGAUGAGGAGGUCAGUGAGGAUGAUGGUGAAGGAGUGGAUGGAUUGUCUGCACCACUGGACAGUAUCAAAGAGGAGGAACUGGACGAAGAUUUCUUUGGAACUGAAGAAGACUCAUAUGAAACACAACCAUUUGAAGAGACUGAUUCUGCUCCUCUGAGUAGUCCCCCCAGAGCUGCCAGGCAAAUUGAAGGAUCUCACAAGCUCUCUGACAAACCAUCUCAGCAGAGACGCAGAAAUAAAAUAGGACAGCAAUUCAAGGAAGGAUGGAGUAAGGUUACUUUGAACGGUGGCUAUGACCGUGGUUACGGUGGCCUAGGACUGCCCACUCUCCUACUGAGGUUCAAGUAUCGUGGUCUUAAUGAUGAGGACAAGAAAAAACUAGACAGCCAAAUACUGCACAAACGUCCCUUCUUCACGUACUGGUUGAUGACAGUACAGUUGGUGAUAAUGGUGGUUGCCCUGGCUGUGUAUGGGUUUGCCCCCUAUGCUUGGGACCUCAUUGAUACUAGAGACACUGUAUUGGAGUCUGAUGGUAACUACAAUGUCCUCAUGAAGCGAGAGGUGGGGAACGUGUGGGCGGGACCUAGACAACAAGACCUGGUUAUACUGGGUGCACUGUAUGCUCCGUGUAUGCGCUGGGACUUCAGACUAUUCCGUGAGAUUGAAGCAGAUAGACAGAGAGAGAACAGCAGCUCUGGUUGUUGUGUCCGUCGUGAUAGAGGCGGUUGCUUCCAGGCUGACAGUGUGGUCACUUGCUCUGAGCGCUUUAAUGACUUUAUAUUCACUUCUGAGAACAGUAGUGCAAGGGCUGUCUGUGGAACAUCGUCACGUACGUGUUUGGACCCUAACCCCAAUCUCCUCCCUGGCUCGUAUGUACCGGAGGAUGUGUUGUCAUGGUUACCAAUAUGCCGCUCUGCUGGUAACUCAAGUGAGAGUCACCUGACGUGUGAGGUCACAGCACGUCCUUGUUGCUAUGGGAUACAAGCUAUAUGCACAAUCACCACCAGAGAAGUGUGUGGUUUCCUGGAGGGAAGGUUCCAUCAAGAUGCCUUCCUGUGCUCCCAGGUGGACUGCUUGAAUGAGGUGUGUGGUUUACUGCCAUUCAGGGAGUUCAACCAACCUGAUCAGAUCUAUCGACUGUGGCUGGCCUUGUUCCUUCAUGCUGGACUUAUUCAUCUCUUGCUAUCUCUUGUGUUUGAUUUCUUUGUCCUGCGUCAUGUUGAGAAGAGGCUAGGUUGGUGGAGGACAGCCAGCAUCUACAUACUCAGUGGAGUCGGUGGCAAUAUGGUCAGCACCUACUUUGUCCCCUACUAUCCUGAGGCUGGUCCGGCUGGUAGUAUUCUCGGUAUUGUGGCCUAUUUCUUUGUGUUCCUCAUAUUCGAGUCCCCUCACCUCAUGAGGCCGUGGAUAGAAGCCCUCAAACUAUUGCUAGUAGUACUCCUACCGUUGCUGUUGGUUGGUCUGUUGCCUUUUGUGGACAACUUUGCUCAUAUUGGAGGACUUGUGUUUGGCUUCCUCCUCUCUGGUGUGUUUGUGCCAUAUUGGGCAGAGAAGAAAGCUUGGGAGAAUGUGGGCAAGGACUCACGACACUCACAACACCAGUACAAUGUGCUACGCAAAGUCAAGAUAGCCAUGAUUGCUGUGGGGAUUCCCCUAGUGGUGGGUCUCUUUCUACUCUUCAUUCUACUAUUCUACUUCUAUCAAGAGACGCUAGCAUUCCUGGUCUACCUCAACUGUGUGCCUUUCACUGAAACCUUCUGCAUUGACAACCUCCCAGAGACUAGGGACAGGAGCGUCUUCAUUGUCUAGUGACUGCAGCUGCUGUAGUUGUCUUAUAUAAUUAAUUAAAUUAAUACAGAUUUUUAGCUAAUUGCUUUGAUUUAAUUUUUUGUCAGUAUAAAUUAGUAUUACCCUUAAUUUAAUUUUAAAAAUGAAUUAUACGUCUCCCAAA